UAUUGCUUGUUGACCAUGGGGGCAUUUCUUCUCCACUCUUUUUCAAAUCCGCCUUUUCUUAUCAACUUGUUCCUGGAUCGUUCUACAGCUGUGGAGAUGCCAGGAAAACAUGUGGAACUCCACCUGAAAAUGAAGGGAGGAAAGGGAAAAGGGGCAACAAAGAAGGAAACUAGGGAAUUACUGAAGCUAGCUGAUGACAGGAAGGUUGGGAAACGCAAGGCUGCUAUUAAGGCAGAUAAGAGUAGCAAAAGACAGGCCAAGAAGGAAAAAAAGGCCGAAAAAGAUCCUAACAAACCAAAGAGGCCUCCUAGUGCUUUCUUUGUUUUCCUUGAAGAGUUCAGGAAACAAUACAAGCAGGAACAUCCCAAUGUGAAGGCUGUCUCAGUUGUUGGUAAAGCUGGAGGAGAGAAGUGGAAAUCAUUGUCUGAUGCUGAGAAAGCUCCAUAUGAAGCCAAAGCUGCAAAAAGGAAGAGUGAAUACGAAAAGCAAAUGUCUGCCUACAACAAGAAACAAGAAAGUGCGACUGAUGACGGUGAUGAGGAAUCUGAUAGGUCAAAGUCUGAAGUCAAUAAUGAGGAUGAAGAGGAAAGUGGAGAGGAGGAGGAAGAUGAGGAUGAGGAUUGAAAACGGGGACAUCUUGACUACUAUGGCAUUACAGAGAAGCCUGGAUGUGUGACUGUGCCGUAGGUCAAAGUUGCCGGCCUUUGAAAUGAUAAACGAUGUCGUUCUUGUGCCUUUCUAUUUCCAUGUUAGGCUUUGUAUAUUUGUUUCACUUAUCUUGCUUUUAUUCCCAGUGGAACCUAUCCUUGCAAAGGAUACUCAUCCUUGUAUUAGUCUUAUUAGUUGCUAUUUUUUAAUCCCAACCAUAAAACUAUGAUAAA